CAAUGGCAGCCGCUUAUGAACUAGAGCUGCAUCGAAGUUGAAGCUUUGCCUCGCUUCCCACACUUCCCAGACGUGAGCUCACGAUGGGAUCCAAGGCUCUGCAACCCUCUGCUCCAACAAUAAGAAAGCUCCAUUCCUCCACCUCCGCCGCCGCCGCCGCCACAACCACCACCGCCACCUCCGCCUCUACUUCAAUCUGCUUCUUGAGCACCAUCAUCCUCCCCGCUUCCCUCCUCUUUGCAUUCCUUCUCCUUCUCCACACAAACACCACCACCACCAUCUACUCGUCGUCAUCAUCACUCUCCGCCGUCGCCUCCUCCCGCACUGCCACCAGCCCCCCAGGCGCCCGCAACUGGACCGGCGACCUCCGCUUCGCCAACUUCGCUUGGAACAAGCUCUGUUUCGGCCCCGUGAAAGAGAGAUUCCGCCUCGCCGCCUUCUCCAAGAAAUGGCCCGUGGGCGCCGUGCCGGGCGGCAUGGAGCGCCACGCCCACGGCCUCUACACGGCGCUCGCCCUCGCCGGCCAUACCGUCCACGUCUUCACCGCCCCGUCCGACCGUGCUCCGCAGAGGCUCGACCGCAUCUCCGACGGCAACCUCCACGUCCACUUCGCGUCGAACGGCGGGGGCAUGUUCGACGACCGCGCGGCCUGGAAGCUCUUCGCCGACGAGAACAAGAGCCUUCCCUUCGACCUACUGCACACCGAGAGCGUGGCGCUGAAGCCCUCUCUGGCCCGCGAGGUGCCGAACAUCGCCGCGACCUGGCACGGCAUCGCCUACGAGAUCCUGCACUCCGACCUCUUCCAGGACCUGAUCCGGGGGCCCGGCGAGAGCCGGUCCGCCGACGCCGAUGCACGGAUCCUCAGGGCCUUUCCAAAGCUUCUAGAAGAGAUCAGGUUCUUCACCUCCUAUAAGCACCACAUCGCCAUUAGCGACAGCGUCGGCGAUAUUCUCACCAACAUAUACCAAUUGCCCCGAGAGAACGUUCACAUCAUCCUCAAUGGCGUCGACCAUGAGAACUUCUACCACGACCCGAAGAUGGGAGCAAGAUUCCGGCAGGAAUUUGGGGUGCCGACCAACGCUCGGCUGGUGAUGGGCGCGUCCGGCAGGUUGGUCAGGGAUAAAGGCCACCCACUGCUUUUCCGGGCCUUCUCCGCCAUAAGAGAGCGCCACCCAGAUGUGUAUUUGCUCGUGGCUGGGUCCGGACCAUGGGAGAAGCGUUACAGGGAGCUGAAGCCCAACGUCAAGCUUCUGGGGCCUCUGAAACCGUCCAGGCUGGCGGAGUUCUACAACGCGCUCGACGUGUUCGUCGACCCGACGCUGAGGCCGCAGGGGCUGGACCUGACGCUAAUGGAAGCCAUGCACUGCGGGAAGCCGCUGCUGGCCACCAAUUUCCCCAGCAUCACCGGCAGCGUCGUGCUGAACGAAGGGUUUGGGUACACUUUCGCUCCCAAUGUGAAGUCGCUGACGGAGGCCAUGGAGGCGGCGAUUUGGGACGGGCCGGCGGAGCUGGCCGGAAAAGGGAUGACGUGCAAGGAGUACGCGCUCUCCAUGUUUACUGCUCGGAAGAUGGCUUCUGCUUAUGAGAGGUUUUUCCUUUGCCUGAAAGAUGUAAAGUACUGCCGGUAUCCAUUGGAGACCGACUGCUGAGUUCUUCCAUUCCCCGACCAUUUUUUUCGCCUUUGAAUUUCUUGGUAUUGUAUACUGCAGAUUAAAGAUGAGUCUCAAAGUUGAUCUA